AAAUAUUUUUCAGAAUAUAACAUAUCGCAUAUCUUAUAAACAAACAUGAAUAAUACCAACAAUAAUUCGGAGGUGAUAAACAUGGAUAGACCCGUAGCGGAAAAGAAGGAUAAAAUUUCAAAUGCAUCUGCGCUAAUGCAUAUGAUCAAAUCCACCAUUGGUGGUGGAUUUCUAGCCAUGCCCGAAGCCUUUCAUAAUGCUGGACUGUUGGUGGGAUCUAUAGGCACGAUGAUCCUUGGAGUGGCAGUCCUAAAUAUGAUGUCUUUCAUCGUUCGUAUCUCCCAGAAAUUGCGAUCCGGUAAAUACGCUGCCGCAAUUUUGGCAGAAAAAAAUAAAAAUAAUGAUGGGACUGAACGCAAGCAUGACGGAGAGCCGAUUGAUAUUAAUAGCAGUGAACUAGUGUUGGAACCAAUGGACUACCCGGACACAGUAGAGGCAGUGUUUAAGUACGGCUCAGGAGGCCGCUUCGCAUCAUGGGCCCCAUUUGCCAAAAAGUUAACCACUGUCUCAUUGAUCGUGACUUAUUACGGGGUCAACAUCAUCUACGUGUGCAUCGUGGCAAGCACCACCAAGCAGCUUGUCGACAUUCAUACUAAGGAUUCAGAAAUGGGCUCUUUGUGGUAUGCAUUACACGGAUUGAAUGUCCGUUGGUACCCGUUGUUCGUAGCCUUGCUGAUCAUUCCUAUGGGAAUGAUUCAAUUAAUCAGAUACCUCGUACCAUUCUCAGUUAUCGCCAAUGGGCUAAUUUCAGCGGGCACUGUAGUAUUGUUUUAUUUUAUUUUUACUGAUGAUAAUGGACGCAACCCUCUCAAUGCAGAAGAACGGGCCAAAUUGGUAGUGUGGCCAAUGACUCGUUGGACACUUUUUGCAGGAAGUGCAUUGUGUUCCAUGGAGGGCGUGGGAAUGUUGAUGCACAUUGAAAACUCCAUGAAAAAACCACGUGAACUCGCGGGACCACCCGGCUACACUCUACAUUGGUCAAUGUUGAUCAUUGUAAUACUCAACGGCGCUUUGGGAUUUUUCGGUUAUAUACGCUACGGGGAACGAUGCUUGGGUAGUGUUCCACUCAACUUACCAUCAGAUAACAGUCUUUCAGAAGGUGUGAAAAUUGCAGUGACGUUGGGUAUAUUGAUGACUUACGGUCUUCAGCUGACCGUCACUGCAGACCUUGUGUGGCAAUGGCUGAAAAGAAGGUCUGACACAAACGUUUUUCCGAGAACUGGAUCGGCCACACAAGAAGUGUCAGAAAUGAACAAUCAAUAUAAAUUAAUGAGAUUUUCACUGAUAAUCGGAACCGUAAUUGUGGCGACGAUCGUACCAGAUGUCGGGCCAAUGAUCUCGCUGGUUGGCUCGGUUGGGUUUUCAGUCCUUGGUUUACUAGUACCUGCAGCUUUGGAGACUGUAUGGUAUUGGGACGUGCGCAGUGAAGAAGACUAUAGCGAACUCGAUGUCGAUCUGGAAUUCGACGGAAUUGGAUUGGCGUCAGCUGCAGCGUUGACGUCAAGAGAUGACAAUUUGAAAAUGAGAAAAAUCGGCGCCCGAAGAACGUUGAGACACAUAAAAAAUUUUAUAUACGUAAUACUAGCCUUAUCCGCGCUGGCCGGUGGCGCAUUUUAUAAUUUAAGAGAAAUGUUUGCACUAGUGCCGGACCACACAUAAUAUAAUAUUAAUAUUAUUAAUAUUAAAGACUGCCAAUGUACAUAAUAUUGAACAUAACCGAUAUAGCACUCGUUAUUGUUAUGAAUUUCCUACGAUGUUCCUCAUACAUGUCUAUACCGUUAAAUGUUAAUCCUUAAGCGACUGAUUUGUUUUGCUUGAAUUUUUCGUAAUAUUUUUAACCGUAGAUUUAAUUUAUUAAUAUAAUCAUAUUGUAGUAUAUUAUAUUGUGUUAUUUUUUCGUCACUAUAUUGUUAUCCUAAAUAAACAUCAUCAUAUCCUAAUAACCGCCAAUAGUUAUAAGUACCUAAAUAAUAAAUACCUCAAAAAUUAGAGUACCUAUACAAUUCAAUGUGUUUCCUAAAACAGCGUAUUUUAAUAAAUAAAUAUAACUUGAUACAUAAUAAUAUUAUGUACAGAGAUAAACCAUACAAAAAAACAAAAUGCAAUGUGCAGCAAUUUCAGUGACAUACUUGAGAUGUUCCUGAAGCAGGUGCCCGUAUUUGUGUGCCUUGUCUUUUAUUGAACUGUCAUAAAUGUACAAUUGACUGCAACGGAUACUAAUAAUUAUUCACAAAAUGUUUUUUUUACUGUAGUACUACCUAGGUAUUAUAAAGUUGUCCAAUGAUACAGUGUUUAUAAUACAGUGGCGUACACUCACGGAGGGGGGAGGGU